AGGCUAAAUGAUCAACAGCUCCUGUGGAGACUCCAGACAGGACACAUCCUGAGUCCGCUGAUACCUCGGCGACCGGGGAUGCGCAUUGCCGACCUUGGGACUGGAACAGGGCACGUUGACCCUCUACCCCUCAGAGCCAUUCCAGAUGCUGAGAUUUGUGGCUAUGAUAUCUCGGAUCUCUCGUACCCGCCCUCAGCCACACUCCCGAGAAAUGUCAAGCUGGGCAAGUUGGAUGCACUAUCCGAUCUACCGGAGGAGUACCGGGGUGCAUUCGACGUCGUGCAUUUGCGGCUGUGGAUCUGCGUGAUUCGAGACAACUGCCCGGAUAAGUCUGGGCUGAUCGAGUUGCUAGAGCCGGGCGGCUACAUCCAGUGGGAGGAGAUCGGACGAGAUACCAGCUUGGUGACAUCCAGUCCCAUGCAGCGCUUGGAGAACCUCUAUGGCAGACAGCUGGAGAGUGAGAGAAUCGAUCCAAGGUAUGUACUUUCUCUGCAAGACUCAAGCUAG